AGAACUACUUGCCAAACAGUUGGUGGGAGCAGGCUAUCGCCAGUUAUCCCCGAUACCUCAUCCCUGGGAAGCUUAGUCAGGAUCAACGAGUCGAUCUCUCAAGAUCUAUCAGAGCCGUUUGACGAACUUAGUGACGAGUCGUAGAUUCUCUAAACAAGCAUCGCGAAGUACCCGUCGGACCAGUUGAGCAGUAGCGUGACGAGCAGUAUGAACUGACCUCGUCAAUUGACCGUCCGAAAAGAAGACCAUUAGAAGUUGCGACACGAGUUGUAUACUCGGCACGGACGUAAUUUCGACUUUUCACACGUGUUUUUCAUAUCGCGAUCAUCGACGGGACAUCGUAAUUGAACAGUUUAAAGCGUGAGAUUGUGGGGGAGCAAUGAAAGGACCGUCAAAGUCGUUCUUACCAAAGUACUACGAUACCGUUCAGUGAGGUGCGAUAGUGGCGUUCGUAGUAUUCGGUGUCGAGGAAACUCGUCCGAAUUACCUUCCCUCGGCGGCUCGGACUAGCUGAGAUGACGAUUACUAUUAAUACGCCGAUGAUGCGACCAUGCUUCACCACAUAUUCUUUCCAAGGUAAUUGACAACAAUUUUUAACAAAGAAAUUUUGGCCAUCCAUUUUCAUCGUAUACAGAGUAUUUCAGAAUCUAUCAUGCUGUCCGUCUUAACAAAAAACGCAGGAUAUAAUGAUCUCGGUACGAUACCAGGACAAGGUCGUGUGAAUCAGCUUGGCGGUGUCUUCAUCAAUGGACGACCACUACCCAAUCAUAUCAGGCUCAAGAUAGUCGAGAUGGCCGCGUCGGGUAUCAGGCCUUGCGUUAUAUCGAGGCAGCUACGCGUGUCCCAUGGUUGCGUCUCGAAGAUCUUGAAUCGCUAUCAGGAGACUGGGAGUAUUCGACCCGGCGUAAUCGGCGGCAGCAAACCGCGAGUUGCAACACCUGAAGUGGAAGCGAAGAUCGAAGAGUACAAGCGCGAGAACCCGAGCGUCUUCUCCUGGGAAAUUCGAGAUAGAUUGGUCAAAGACGGCAUCUGUGAGAAAGCAAACGCGCCCAGUGUAUCCGCGAUUUCUCGACUGAUCAGAGGUCGUGACAACGAAGACGAUGCGAGAGUUGGAGAAGUUAAGACAAGUUCUGGCUCCGACUGUGACAGCGAGCCGGGCAUUACUUUGAAGAGGAAGCAACGCAGAAGCAGGACGACUUUCACGGCUCACCAGCUGGACGAGUUGGAGAAGGCUUUCGAGAGGACCCAGUAUCCUGACAUUUACACCAGAGAGGAACUUGCUCAAAGGACAAAAUUAACGGAAGCCAGGAUACAAGUUUGGUUUAGCAACAGGCGAGCCAGGCUUCGCAAGCAGGUCUCUUCAACAUCUAAUGGAUACACUCCCAUGACGUACUCAACGCCAUACAUGCUUCACUCGUCGGCACCACCUCAUCCUCACGCUGCAGCAGCCGUGCCACCUGUUCAUCCGCAUCCUCAUGCCCAUUCUCAGAAUUUAUCAGAUGGGGCGUUUCCAACUAACCAAGUUGCCGAUCUAUAUCCCCAUCAUUCGGCGAUGUCUCAACAAUUAGUGGCGAAUCCCCCACGACUACCGUCGUCCAUUGCAUCCGCUCCACCUUAUAGCUUCGCGACUGCAUCAGCUUAUCAUCCUGCCGCAUUACUGCCAGCAUCGUCCGCAGUUACUCCUAUGAGUCACCAAGUGUCUCCCGUACCCUCUACCUCGUCCACCUUUCAAGCUGGCAGUCAUCAUCAGCUGCCACCGACUCCGAAUUCUCUCGUCACUAUGAUGGGACCAAAUUCCGGCAACUCAAAUUCUGUUCCCGAGCAGCUGAAUGCGCCAGAGUUGCCAAUCAAUCCAGUCUCGCCCGUACAACAACAACAACAGCAACAACAGCAGCAUCAGCAGCAAACCAGUCAAGAAAACGUGACGCCAUCGUGGAACGCUGCGAUCACCAGCGGCGCUAGGAUGAACCUCUCAAGUCCGCCGAUGAGUCUUCAGCAACCUCACGCUUACAAUGCUCAUCAGGCUCAUCAGGCUUUCGCUAGUUCUUAUAGCGCUCAAGGCUUCCAGCAACAAUCGAGGCCAACAAGUGCCUAUUGGUUUUGAAGUUUAAUUACAACGAUACCGUAAGAUGAGAUUACUUUGUGACUGUAGGGGUUACUUUGUGACACAGUGAAUAUUAGUCAAUAGUGAUAAUUAUCACUAUUGACCAAUAUUCACUGUGUCACAAAAUAACCCCUACAGUCACAAAGUAACUCCAUCUUACAGUAUAAAUUUUCGGACACUUGGUGAAAAUAUCAGACUUUGAGCUUAUGGAAGACAAUUAACAUAAACAAGUUUUGUCCCUCUUUUGAAGAGAAGCAGUGACUACAGAGGAAAUAUGAAUAAACGGAUGAGUAUUUUUAGAAAUAAUACGAUUGGUAAUUGUAAAUGCAAAAAUUACCUUUAAAUGAUUAAUUAAAAAGUUAAUCAGAUGCCUUAGUAUAAUUAUGUAGAUUUACUAUCCACAAAGAAAAUAAUAAGAAAUGAUAAAGAACUUUCUUGUAUAGAAUAAUGAUAAUGUGUAGAAACGUACCGCUUGUGUAAAAGAAGACCGUGACAAAAGGGAAAGGAAUAACUAAAAUCUAAACGCGUUCAUGUAUAUAUGAUUGUUAACGCAGUAUUAAGUUUAUAAAAAUAUCGUGUGAGAUAAAAAUUAAUAUUACGAAUGCUCGACGUAACUUUAAAAAAUGAUACUUUUCUCAUGUCUAAGAUAGUACAAAAGUUAUACUUUAUGAAAUAAUUAAAUUUAAGUAGAUAUUUACUAACUACUCUGUAUAUAUAUUAUGUAUAUAUAUGUUAUAUGUCAUAUUUUUAAAUUCAAAAUUAUUUCAUAGAAAAAAUCGUGUUUGUUUACGAUACAUUCAUCGUAAAAAAGUAGAAACGCCCACGCACAUGUACAUACAUUACAUAUACUCCCUUUUAUCGGUUCUUCUUAUAUCUUCGUUUCUCUUUUUCUUCUUCGUUUACAUUUAUGUAUGUUUUUAUUUCAGAUCGCUCCGCAAUGCAUUAUAUAUUACGAUGUAACUAAAAAUUUAUAUUUUAACCUACAUGCACUUUGAUUGUAUUUUUAGGCUUAGAAUGUUCAACAAUCUUAAAUUUUACUGCGCGCCACGCGCGCGCGACAAAAGUAAAAUAUAUAAGAUUAUAACUUUUUUAUUUUAUUUAAACACUUAACCUACCGGUAGCUAUUAACCAGUGUGAAAACCUAUCAAUACGCUUUUGUCAAAACGAUAUUGUUGGAAAAGAUAUUGUUUAUUAAUUCAAAAUUAUUUAAUUAUACAAUCAUAUAAUUUGCUCGCAAAAUACGAUGUAAAAUAUGCAGUUAAAAAUUGCACUUGCAUCUGUUAUUUUAUGCGUAAAUAUCAGUUUUAUCUUGCGGUUGAAAUUAAUUAAUUCGUAUUGUAUCAUAAUGCAUGUAUGUUAAUACACAGUUACGAAAUAAAGACUUACACGAAAUCUA